GCCGCCAGCGGCUCCGAGCGCCGGAAGGGCCGGGUCUCAGGGCUCCUGGAGCUGCAGGCGGCGGGAGGGGCUACAAGUGGGUCCGUUUUUUGUAUCUUUUUUCCUCCUUAUCUUGGCUCAUCCCCAAAAGCGGAAAGUUUAGGGCAGAGCGACAAUCAGACCCAUCCACUAUGCCCCAACACGUGCAGGGCUGCGAGGGCUCCCGUUCCUCCCGGGACCCCAAGCGGUUUCUGGUACGCCUGUUUGGACGUAUCUUCCCAGAGUGAAAGUUGAUGUUUAGCCGUUCCGAAGUUGGUGCUUUGUGGGAAGGAGAACAGCGGGAAAGCCGUAAGGAACGCAGGCUUCCUGACAUGCUUGACUCAGUGAUGCAGAACCUUUCAGAGUUAGCUGGAAGCCACAGCCCUGCCUCUUGAUGCAGCCUGGAUCCAGCCGGUGUGAAGAGGAGACCCCUUCCCUCUUGUGGGGUUUGGAUCCUGUGUUUCUAGCCUUUGCAAAACUCUACAUCAGGGAUAUCCUGGACAUGAAGGAGUCCCGCCAGGUGCCAGGUGUAUUUUUGUACAAUGGACAUCCAAUAAAACAGGUAGAUGUCUUGGGAACUGUCAUUGGAGUGAGAGAAAGAGAUGCUUUCUACAGUUAUGGAGUGGAUGACAGCACUGGAGUUAUAAACUGCAUCUGCUGGAAAAAGUUGAAUACUGAGUCUGUAUCAGCUGCUCCAAGUGCAGCAAGAGAGCUCAGCUUAACCUCACAACUUAAGAAGCUACAAGAGACCAUUGAGCAGAGAACAAAGAUAGAGAUUGGGGACACGAUCCGAGUCAGAGGCAGUAUCCGCACAUACAGAGAAGAGCGAGAGAUUCAUGCCACCGCUUACUAUAAAGUGGACGACCCAGUGUGGAACAUUCAAAUUGCAAGGAUGCUUGAGCUGCCCACUAUCUACAGGAAAGUUUAUGACCAGCCUUUUCGCAGCUCAGCCCUAGAGAAAGAAGAGGCACUAAGCAAUCCAGGCGCCCUGGACCUCCCCAAUCUCACGAGUUUGCUGAGUGAAAAAGCCAAAGAAUUCCUCAUGGAGAACAGAGUGCAGAGCUUUUACCAGCAGGAGCUGGAAAUGGUGGAGUCUUUGCUGUCCCUUGCCAAUCAGCCUGUGAUUCACAGUGCCUGCUCCGACCAAGUGAAUUUUAAGAAGGACACCACUUCCAAGGCAAUUCAUAGUAUAUUUAAGAAUGCUAUACAACUGCUGCUGGAAAAAGGACUUGUUUUCCAGAAAGAUGAUGGUUUCGAUAACCUAUACUAUGUAACCAGAGAAGACAAAGACCUGCACAGAAAGAUCCACCGGAUCAUUCAGCAGGACUGCCAGAAACCAAAUCACAUGGAGAAGGGCUGUCACUUCCUGCACAUCUUGGCCUGCGCUCGCCUGAGCAUCCGCCCGGGCCUGAGCGAGGCUGUGCUGCAGCAAGUUCUGGAGCUCCUGGAGGACCAGAGUGACAUUGUCAGCACAAUGGAGCACUACUACACAGCGUUCUGAGCAGAGACACGCAGACCAGCUGAGGAGGACAAAGAUAAGGCUCUGAGAGUGUUUCACGGGUUUACCAGAGAAAAUGGCCUCUGGAGACUGCAACGUGGGAGAACUGGAAUUUCAGACAGAAACUGAAUGCAUGUGGCUUAAAAGACAAAGAAGCACCAAGUGAAAAGUAGUCAAAAUCAUAUUCCUUCAGGGAAUGAAUUUUCUUGGAUCUGUGUUCAUCCUUUAUGGCUUUAUUAGUCAUUGCGAAAGCCCUUUUGGGGUUGCUAAGCUGCCAGCAGGGUGCUGUUCCUGGAGGAUUACCUUGAGCAACAAGCCCCAAAAAGCAGCCCAGGCGGGUAUGUCAGCAGGGAGGCUGUCCUGGCAACACUGCUGUCCAAGGGGAGAGGCCAACGCCCUACCCCUCAGGUUUGAGGCCAGAGGAAAAGAACCAACCUGGAGAUUCUGCAAUUCUGUUUUCUGUUAAGGUUGCUUUGGCCGUUUAGGGUUUUUCAUGAAGGACAGAAACAGGUCCAUUCCUUGAAGGCAGAAAGAAGUUUUUACUGCCCCUGCACUUGACAAUGUUUAAUUACAUUUGCCACUUGAAGCAGAGUUGAAAAUAUCUUCCUUUUUUUCUGUUUGAGAGUCUUGCUGUGCAUCCCCCAGGCUGGCUGGAGUGCAGUGGCAUGAUCUCGGCUCACUGCAACCUCCGCCUCCUGGCUCCUGGGUUCAAGCGAUUCUCCUGCCUCACCCUCCUGAGUAGCUAGGACAACAGGAGCACACCACCAUGUCCAGCUAGUUUUUGUAGAAAUGGGGUUUCACCAUGUUGGCCAGGCUGGUCUCAAACUCCUGACCUCAAGUGAUCUGCCCACCUCAGCCUCCCAAAGUGCUGGGAUUAUAGGCAUGAGCCACCACACCCAGCUGAAAAUAUCUUCCCUUUGAGACUUGGUGGCCAGCUGUUGAUUUCAUACUGGCAUGGCCUCAGACAAUCUAUGAUAUAAGAAAGAUAGUUAAAGUAAAAUCAACCCAGUAUUAAUUACUUAAUAAUAACUAAUGAACAGUUAUGCACCAAUAACUCAGCAAAUUUAAAUCUACCCAUAAGCCCAACUGGGUAGAUACUAUCGUCAUUCCCAGUUUACAGGUGAAGAAAUAGAAGCUGAGAAACUAACUUUCCCAGGGGCAUAUAUUUAGUAAACUGGAAAACCCAGGCUUCUACCUAGUGAGUUCAACCACUAGGCUUUAAUUGCUUUCAGGAUCAGAGAAGUCUGUUCUCUGGUAGCUUUAAACUAUGAACCCAAUACAGAGUGUCUACAAAUUUGGGCUGAUAUAUAAAUGUUAUUUUUGCCACAGUUGAGGCUGCACCGAGGACACACUUCUGGUGAUGAAUGGCAUAUGAGGGCGCUGGGCUGAGUGGGUGGGGUGACAUCACAUCACACCCGUGACAAAGAGGAAGCAGGUAUUUACUGAAGAUGCGGGAGCCCUGGGUCAGGGCAGUAAGCAUUCCUACAUAAACAACUGUGCAGUCCCACAGGGAGACCAAGAGAAUGGUGCAGUAGCCUCCGAGGAUUUUUAUUUGGUUCAUACAGUGUUGGUCUUUCCAGGCUUUUUUUUUUAAUAUUAAAAAAUAGUUGAUUUUAAUUAUGAAAUAUUUCAAACACACAAAAUAAUAAAGCAGAUACCUAGUAUCACUGAGAUGAAACAGCUGUUAAUAUUUUCCCCUGACUGGGCGAGGUGGCUCACACCUGUAAUCCCAGCACUUUGGGAGGCCAAAGCAGGAGGAUUGCUGGAGCCCAGGAGUUCAAGACCAGCCUGGGCCACAUAGUGAUAUCUCAUCUCUACUAAAAAUUUAAAAAAUUAGCCAGGCGUGGUGGCAUGGUCCUGUAGUCCCAGCUACUUGGGAGGCUGAAGUGGGAGGAUCACUUGAGCCUGGGAGAUCAAGGCUGUAGUGAGCUAUGACUGUGCCACUGCACUCCAGCCUGUGCAACAGAGCAAGACCCUGUCUCAAAAAAAAAAAAAAAAAAAAUAGAAAGAAAGAAAGAAAUCCCCCUAUAUGCUUCAGCCCUCUAUCUCUUUGAAGAAACAUGUUAGAAAUACACAUAAGGCCAACCCUGUUCCUUUCCUGCCUCUGCCCCUAGAGGUAAUAACUGUCACGUGUAUCAUUCCCAUGCAGGUUUUUUUUCUUUUUUAUUGUGGCAUAACUUACAAGUGGUAAGUUGUACAAAUUUUAAUGAUACAGUUUGAUGAAUUUUUGCUUACGCUAUACCUGGAUGAUGAAUUUUUACAUGUGUAUACACCUAAAACAAGGCAGAGAUCAAGAUACUGAACAUGUCCAGCACCACCUCAGAGAGCUCCUUUGCUUCACAUUAUUUCAAAAAUAAGCAGAUGGAGGUGCCAACAUUUGAAAGUUUUAAAAUCUAGAGACUUAAUGUAAAAAUUCAAAUUUCUGGCUCUUGAAGUUUUGGAAAAUAUGACCACAUUAAGCUCACAUUCUAGCAUGGGGACAGAGUGGCAACUGCCCACUGUUGAUACAGCAUGAGUGCCCCAAUUUGCCUACUAUGCCUGCCAUGCCCUGUGGGUAUAUCCAGCCCACUGCAUUCACUUACAGAACCUGAAAGGUGCCACUCUAUUUGUAAAAUUUCAAAAGUGCCACGAAUAAAAAUGUAGAGAACAAUUACCUUAGCUAUCUUUAGGAAGGCAGAGUUUGAGAAAAAGUGUCCUCCUCCCCACCUGCUAAUGACUUAGGAAGCUGCUGACAAUGUCAUAAAAUAAAAAGGAAUCAGAUUCUCUAGGUCCAUGCUACUCAAAGUGUGGUCCUCGAAUCAGCAGCAUCAGCAGCAUCCAGGAGCUUGUUAGAAAUGCAGAAAGCUCAGUGCCUUCCCACACACGUAUGAGUUUGCUAGGGCUGCCAUAACUAAGUAUCACACACUGGGCGGCUUACACAACAGAAAGGUAUUUUCUCACAGUUCUGGAGGCCAGAAGUCCAAGAUCAAGGUGUCAGCAGGGUUUGUUUCUUCUGAGGCCUCUCUCCUGGGCUUGUAGAUGGCUACCUUCUCACCUUCUCCCUAUGUCUUCACAUGGUCUUCCCUCUGUAUCUAUCCUCCUUUUUUUUUUUUUUUUUUUUGAGACGGAGUCUCGCUCUUGUCACUCAGGCUGAAGUGCAGUGGCACGAUCUCAGCUCACUGCAACCUCUGCCUCCUGGGUUCAAGCGAUUCUCCUGCCUCAGCCUCCUGAGUAGCUGGGAUUACAGGCGCCCGCCAGCACACCUGGCUAAUUUUUGUACUUUUAUUAGAGACAGGGUUUCAUCAUGUUGGCCAGGCUGGUCUUGAACUCCUGACCUCAGGUGAUCCACCCGCCUCGGCCUCCCAAAGUGCUGGGAUUACAGCCGUGAGCCACCACACCCAGCCUCAUCUUCUAUUCUUAUGAGCACACCAGUCCUAUUAGAUUAGGACCCACUCUUAUGACCUCAUUUAACCUUAAUUACCUCUUUAAAGACCCUGUCUCCAAAUACAGUCACAUUAUGAGGUGGGGGAUUAUGAUUUCAACAUAUGAAUUUUGAGGGGUAUGACCAGGCAUGGUGGCUCAUGUCUGAAAUCCCAGCACUUUGGAAGGCCAAGGUGGGCAGAUCACUUGAGCUCAGGAGGUCAAGACCAGCCUGGGCAACAUGGCAAAACCCCAUCUUUACAAAAAUACAAAAAAUUAACUGGGCGUGGUGGCGUGCAUCUAUGGUCCCAGCUACUCAGGAGGCUGAGGUGGCAGAAUUGCUUGAGCCCAGGAGGUGGAGGUUUCAGUGAGCCGAGAUCCUGCCACUGGCAACAGAGCCAGAUCCUGUCUCAGAAAAAAAAAAAAAAAAAAAAAUGAGGGGUAGACACAGUUUGGCCCAUGACACCUACUAAAUCAGGAUUUAUAUUUUAACAAGACCCCCAAGGGACUUGUGAGCACAUUAAAGUUGGAGAAGGGCCAGGCACUGUGGCUUAUGCCUGGAAUCCCAGUACUUUGGGAGGCCAAGACAGAAGGAUUGCUUGAUCCCAGAAGUUCAAGACCAGCCUGGACAACAUAGUGAGACCCCAUUUCUAAAAGAAAAAAAAAUUAGCUGUGUGUAGUGGUGCAUGCCUGUGGUCCCAGCUACUCAGGAGACUGAGGCAGGAUAAUCACUUGAGCCCAGGAAGCCGAGGCUACAGUGCGUCAAGAUCGUACCACGGCACUCCAGCCUAGGUGAAAGAGGAAGACCCUGUCUCAAAAAACAAACAAACAAACAAAAAGUUGGAGAAGCUUGUCCAGAUCUGCUCCCUGGUAAAUAAAACACUAGUGGGUCCGACUAGGAAUGGGGAGGAGAGAAAGGAGAGGCUGCAAUGAUUUAUUUAGAUGAACUUUCUCUCCAGUCCAUAGGUCUGAGAGAGUGGAAAUACUGGGAAACUUGAGGCCAGUUCCCUCCUGAGUGGGAGUCCCUGCUUCUCGUUGCGGAGCAGGGACCCUCUGCACUUUGGGGCAUGUGAGCAGGUUAACAGGUACAGAUUGAUGAACCAAGUGGAUAUGAAUCAGCCCACAGGAGCUAAGAGGAGCCUCCUUCUGAAAAUAGGUUGGAAUGCUGGAAAUGUGGCUGCUUUUAGCAAAAAGCUCAUUUUUACCUAAUCACCAUCUGUAGAUUUCCUCUUUUAAGGUGCAAAGCAAGUCUCUUGGAUUUCCUGGAAUGGGGACCAGGAAGAUAUUACCCUGUAUUCCUCUUCACUCUUCACAAGCCCAUUUUUCACCUCUGUCAUAGGCCUGAUGCUAUGGCGACAGUUGCCAUAGAGAUACUCCUAUGCCUGGUUGACGCUAAUCCAUACCCAUAAUGGUCAAUCAUAUGGUUUAAACUAGAGAUUUUCAAGCUGUAUCUCAUAAAACUGUAAGGUGCUUCCAGGAUUUCACAAACAUUUUAUUCAUAUAGCAAUUAAAUAUAUGUGUCUUGCUGUGUUGCCCAGGCUGGAAUGCAGCGGCUAUUCACAAGCACUAACAUAGCACACUAUAGCCUUGAACUCUGGGGCUCAAGCAAUCCUCCUACCCCAACCUCCCAAGUAGCCAGGGACUACAGAUGUGUGCCACCAUGCCCAGUACAACUAAAAGCAUUUUAAAUUUAUUUUUAAAUGACAGUGUAAACAACAUCAAACCAUAUUUAAUAUAGUAUUUGAACUAAAAUGUGAAUAUCCAAAUUUUGGUCUAACAGAGUAGAGUGAUUUGUAGAAGGCUAACCCCUCCUACAGAUCAUAAUUACAAACUCUGGACAAGGUGAAAAUAAAAAGCUGUUUGAUGCCACUGGACAAUGACCAGACUAAAGGAAGGGGACUUAUUCCUUGAAAGAAGGAAGAUCCACACUUGUAUGACUUUCCCCUAAGGGCAGCCAUUCUUGAACUUUAGUGUAUAUUAGAAUCCCAGAGGAAGAUAACAGACUCCAGUCUCUACAACAUACCAUUUAAAUGUUCACUAUAUAAAAAUUAUUAGAUAUGUGAAGAAAGAGAGAAAUGGGACCCAUAAUCAAGAGAUAUACUAGUCAAUAGAAACAGACUCACAGACAACUCAGAUGUCAGAACUGGCAGAGAAGGGCUUUAAAAUACCUUUGAUAAAUGUGUUAAAGAGUCUUUGGAAAAGAUGCAUAUACUGGGUAAAGAGAUGGGAAAUUUAGAAGAGAUCAGGAAACUGUAAAAAAUAACUAUGUGCAAAUCCUAGAACUGAAAAACAUACUAUCUGAAAAGUGAAUCUCUUGCUUCACAUCCUCACUCCCAUUCCAACCUUCUGCCCUGGAGUUAAACAUCUGUAGUAGUCUUUGGUUAUAAAUGAUAAAGAUCUUACUCCAGCUUAUGCCAAGGUGGUAAGGUAUAAGAGAGAAUACCUAAUGAAACCGUGGGGAGGGAUAGAGUGGCACUGGUUUAGGGUCAAUUGGCCCUAGGAAUCCAAAUGCUGGGAAGAUGCACUUGUUUCUCUCUCUUCCUGCCUCUGAGAUUUGGCUGUAUCCUCUCUCACUGUGAACAUUAUCCUCUGUGUUGUCAGAGAGAUGGCUGGGGUCAGCUCUGGGCUCAUAGCUUCACAGCUCUGAGAGGAAAGAGGUUCUCUUCCCACAGCACCAGUUAGAAAAGUCCCAAGGAGGGUGUCUGAUUAGUCCAGUAUGUGUUACAGGUGCAUGCCACCAUGCCCAGGUAAUUUUUGUAUUUUUAGUAGAGACGGGGUUUCACCAUGUUGGCCAGGAUGGUCUCGAACUCCUGACCUCAUGAUCCACCUGCCUUGGCCUCCCAAAGUGCUAGGAUUACAGGCAUGACCCACCGUGCCCCGCCUAUUUUAUUUCAUUUUUUGAAACAGGAUCUCACUAUACUGCCCAGGCUGGUCUCAAAUUCCAGAACUCAAGCAAUGCUGAGUAGCUGGAAUUACAGGUGCUCACCACCAUGCCAGCUUUUCCUGUCCAUCUUAAUACUUUUACCACAGAUGUAUGUAUCCCUAAAAUAUGUAUAUUAUGUAUAGUAUUGUUCUUUAUGUUUAACAUUUAUAUAAACGGUAUACUGUCCAUAUCUUUCUGCAACUUGCAUUGUUUUUACUCACCAGAAUCUAAGAGGUGAUUGCUGAUUUGUUUAGUUUUAUUUCAUUCAUUCUUUUCUUUUUUAUUGAGGUAUCACAUCCAUACAUUGAAUACACAACUCUAGUGCCCAGCUCAAAACCGCCACCCAGAUCAAGGUGGAGACCGUUUCCAGCACCCCGCAGUCUCUGUGCCCCUCCCAGCUCAUACCUCUCAGAGGCAACCACUGUCCUGACCUCUAGCACCAUCAAUUAAUUUUGUCUGACUUGAACUUUAUAUAAGUGGAAUCACACAGUAUGUACCCUUUGAGUGUGUCUUUUAUUUUUGGUACAAUAUUGUGUCUGUGAGCUUCAUCCAGUGUGUUGCAUGAGGCAGUAGUUUUGUCUUUGUCAUGGGUAUAUAGUGUUCUGUUGUGUGAAUAUAACAUUUGUGAUAUUGUGAAAUAUAUUUGGCCUUAGUCCUCUGUUCUUGACAUAAAACUCCUAAAAUAUUUGGUAUCUUCAAA